AUGAAUGGCUUCAUGUACGGGAACGUGUUUGAGGAGGAGGAGAGAGUCCAGAGACAGGCCGUGUUCCCUCGUCUCCUCUGCCAAAACGCCCCAGACUUCUCCUUCGUAAGUUCCUCACAUCAAUCAUACCAGGGUAAACUUUACAAGUACUGCAGGGCCAAGAGAUUUCCCUGGUCAGGCCAUAUCAAUCCUAACCCUACUCAUCUCACGUAUGUUCCACAGGAAAUACAGACCACAUAUUAGCUAGUUGUCUAUGCUACGGUAGUGACUGUAUGAACCUCAAGGUUAACUGAGAUCUAUCAUACAGCUGGGUGUGGAAGCUUUAUAUUUGAGAAGUCUGUUUCCCUCCUCCUCCCAGCCACACUGACCUUCAGCACUCAGCCAAAGUGACAUUUUGCAGCAGUGCCAGUUACAUAUAGCCAGAAGAAUAACCUUUUCUGUGCAGCGACACAUUCACAGCUCUCAUAGACUUUCUUCACCAGUACACAAGGAAAGUCUUUCAACAGCCAAAAUGAUUUUAGCCACCCACCAUACAUAACGAAUUGUCCACCAGUUAUUUAUUAUGCUGUUUUAAUAAAGAGCUAACCUUUGGCGAGUGUAUACUGCAGUUUGUGUGCCUGCAUGUGUGCGUGUGUGUGUGUGUGUGUGUGUAUUCCGUUGGGGUGUGUACAAUAGCGGUGACAGCUGGCCAUAAGUCAUGUCCCUUACUGUGCUCUAUUUUUUUCCUGCCCAUUCAGCACUGCCCAAAGCACAUAGUCAUAGAACUCAAUAAGUUCUGCCAGGAGUGGAAGCCUGCAUUUAAGUUACAGGGGUCAAAUUCCAUUGAAGUUGAGUGGACUAGAGGGAAAUGGAAACAGCCUAAAUUGACUGAAUCAUGUAUAACACUGAAGCUGACUUAAAAUCCAUGUUAAUAUGCAUAACAACAAGACUGCAAUGAGUUGUAUAGGCAUUGUUAGAAUGAAGCAUUGAAAUUCACCAACACACUUCUACAGAUCUUAAUUUGAGGCAGUUUGCUACAGCAGGUAAAUAAUCCUGCAGCAACAAGAAAUGUGAAUUAUUAUGUAGAUUAUAAUUAAUGGGCAUUUUUGUAGGGGUUGAUACAUUUUUCGUAAGGGAAAAGUGGAAAUUACAAACUUCAGAAGCUUUUUUAAACCUCAAAUACAUUGCAUUGCAGGAAUGUUCUCCUGCAACAGGGUGAUCAAAUUAAGAUCCCACAUCUGGCUACAACAUAUACUUUGUCACUUUUCUGACUAAUCAAAUCUUAUUUGAUUUAUAAUGUUGGUAUAGUAGAAUGCACUCUGUAUUAACAGUGUGUUUCACCCCCACAGUCCAACACGUCAUUUAACCAUGACGUGGUGAAAGCUGGCACCGGGAGGCGCUUCCUGGGCGGCCUACUGGAUGACAUGUCCUACUGCUACACCCUGGAGGUGUCCUUCUACAGCUACAUGGCAGCAGGGAGCACGGCGCCUGUUCCCUACACAGAGGACACC